UCAGCCUGGAGAGGGGUUCAGCACAGGCAAAAGUCAAACAAGACAGCAGCAAUGGACUUGAUAAAGCUAAAGGACAAGAGAGAUUAUAGAGAAUUCCUUCGGCUUGCCAGGAUAGUGAAAACUAUUUGUGGAAUUAAUCUUGCCCUGAAAAGGCAUUCUGGCUUAAGCAUGGUGAAACAAUGGGCUGAAACUAACCAGAGGACAAGACCAGAUCUUGCAAGAGAUCUCUUAUUCAACAUUGAUAUAUUUACCAGAAACAAGCUUAGUGGAGGGUGUGCAAAGCUGAAAAAUCUGCUUUCCAUUUCACCAUUACAAAGGCGACAUCAUGAUGUUCAAAAGAUACAAGCCCUUUUAAGGAAAAACCGAGCAUUUGAAAGCUUCCCUGACAGUAUUCAACAUCAGAUUUGCCAAGUUGCAGUCUACCAAAAGUAUGAAGCCACAAGAACAGUGUUAAAACAAGGUCACCCGUCCCAGGACUGUUAUUUUGUGCUUGCUGGUAGUCUAUUAGUGAAAGUAAAUGAUAUCUCAAGGAAGGGAAACUCAACAACUCAAACUUUAAAUGAAGUGGAGGAAGGAGACAUGUUUGGGGAGGCUUGUCUUUUGACAUGCAGCAUACGACAUGCAACAGUUGUUUGCAAGACUGAUGUGGAACUUCUGCUGAUAGACAAAGAGGACUUUAACUACAUCUUGGAAGAUUUCCUUCGACUUCGCUACAGUGUCAUCAGCAAUCUUAUAAGAAAGCUUCCAUUAUUUUCUUCUUGGUCAGCUGACAAAUUGGAGCUAGUUGCUAAAGGAUCCAUGCUACGUCACUACAGGUCUGGAGCUCUUGUUGUCCCAAAUAUCUUGAUCUCAUCCUUCAUUGUGGUUGUCAAAUCUGGCCGUUGUCAGCUAGUGACACACCUGCGGAUGCCUGGAGGGAGAGCUGCUGGGUCGUGUGAUACACUCAGGAUAAAGUCCUUGUCGUCGCUCCUACAGGACUUUCCGACUCUGUCCUUCAUAGAAAACAAGAUGACUCAUAUCAAAGAAGCUUUGCAAAGACCAUCAACAUCUAAUUGCAUUUUUUCUUCUGAUCACGAAAGGGACAUGAACAAUAAACUACAAAAGAAAAAAAGACCAAUGACAGCUGUGACUCCAUCAAGACCCAGUGCAAACCUGAGAGGCUUCUGUGAAAGGGAACAUGCAGGUAACACUGAAGGACAUUUGGAGACCCAAAAGGAAAAGCCAUGCAAGGUAAGUAAGACUCUGUCUGCCAUGAAGUCUACAUCAUCUCCAGCUUUGCUCUUAAGAAUAGGGAUUUUUGAUCAAGGCAGUAUUUUGGUAUCACCUGAAGUAGUAGGCAGAGAAUGUGACCUAAACAUGAGUCUAAUUAGUGAAGGAACAGAGUGUAUUUUCAUCCCUAAAGGAUUGUUUCUGAAGGAGGCUCCCUCUGAGUCUGUACAGGCAGCUCUUGAACUGGUGAACACCUACCCUACAGAGAGCAUAAUUAGAGAGAACUAUGUCAGAUAUCAGGCUUGGAGUGCCUACAAAGACAAACUUGUCAGGCAACGCUGCAAGAGACAACAAGAUGCCAAUUUGUAUCCACAGAAUUUUUAAGUGUCUGUACUAAAUGUUUCAGAAGUCAAUUUCAGUAUCGUGUUAAUGGUGCACUAAUAAUCAAGUCAUCCAAGAAGGGUCAUUUAAAAAAACAGUUACAAUAUUUUGAAGAAAUAAACAAGUGAAAGCACCUUUUUUACAGAUUAGAUUUGUGUGACUCCUCAGACAUGCAUCAAGAUAAAUGCUUAAGCUGAUGCAUAAAAAACAUGUUACUUGGAUUUAGUAGUUCAAAAAGUUAGUGCCUGAUGUCAAGUAAUCAAAGCUUGAAUGCAUGAAUGUUGUAU